AUGAGACUGACAUGAGAGACACAAGCAAUAUAAUAGUCCCCCUAGUUCAAGAAAGUAGCUAGAGAUAGAGACACAAACAAUGAAAAACCAAGAGUUGAUAUAUACCUAUAGACAUGGUUGAGUUUUUCAUGCAAAAUUGCUAAUGUCAAUGCAAGAUUGCUAAAGUCAUCUUGAGCAACCACAACCAAAUGUCUUCUCAACCUUUCAUCACAAACCACCAUCUUCUCCUCCUCCUCCUCUUCACACUCCUCCUCCCAUUUUCCUUUGCUUCCACCAAUGAAGUUACUAUCUUACUUUCAUGGACACACACAGCUUCAACCAAAUUCCCUUCAUCUUUUUCCAACUGGAACCCUUUGGACUCAAAUCCAUGCAAAUGGUCAUUCAUAACUUGCUCAUCACAAAACUUUGUAACUGAAAUCAACAUCCAAAAUGUCCAACUAGCCCUUCCUUUUCCUUCAAAUAUCUCUUCACUUUCCAGCCUUCAAAAGCUAGUCAUUUCAGGUGCCAACCUCACUGGAACCAUUCCACAUGAAAUUGGUAACUGUCUUAACCUUAUUACCAUUGAUCUUAGCUCAAAUAGUCUUGUUGGUGAAAUUCCUUCAUCUAUAGGAAACCUCAAAAAUCUCCAAAACUUGAUUUUAAACUCUAACCAAUUGACAGGUUCAAUCCCAAUUGAACUUGGUGAUUGUGUUAAUCUCAAAAACCUUGACAUUUUUGACAAUAACCUUAGUGGAAACCUUCCUAUUGAACUAGGGAAACUUUCAAAUCUUGAAGUUAUAAGAGCUGGUGGAAACAAAGAUAUUGUAGGAAAGAUUCCAGAAGAGUUAGGUGAAUGCAAGAAUUUGACUGUUUUAGGACUUGCUGACACUAAAAUUUCAGGUUCAUUACCUAAUUCAUUAGGUAAAUUAACUAUGCUUCAAACAAUAUCUAUUUAUAGUACUUCAAUUUCUGGUGAAAUUCCUCAUGAAAUUGGUAACUGUUCUGAGCUUGUGAACUUGUUUUUGUAUGAGAAUGAUCUUUCUGGUGAGAUUCCUUUUGAGAUAGGUAAGCUUGUGAAGCUUGAAAAGAUUUUGCUAUGGCAAAAUAGUUUUGUUGGUAGCAUACCUGAGGAAAUUGGAAACUGUAGUAGUUUGGAGAUUCUUGAUUUUUCUUUGAAUUAUUUCUCUGGUGGAAUACCGAAAAGUUUAGGAAAAUUAUCGAAUCUUGAAGAGCUUAUGUUGAGUAACAAUAAUAUUUCUGGUUCGAUACCGGCUUCAAUUUCGAAUCUUACAAAUUUGAUACAGUUGCAGUUAGAUACAAAUGAGAUAUCAGGUUUGAUUCCAGUUGAGAUUGGAAAGUUGACGAAGCUGACGGUUUUUUUCGCUUGGCAGAACAAACUUGAAGGUAGAAUUCCAUCAGAGUUAGGAGAUUGUGUAAGCCUUGAGGCUUUGGAUUUGUCUUAUAAUUCACUCAGUGAUAGUUUACCUUCAGGUCUUUUUAAGCUUCAAAACUUAACAAAGCUUUUGUUGAUUUCUAAUGAUAUCUCUGGCUCUAUUCCUCAUGAGAUUGGUAACUGUAGUUCUCUGAUUCGACUCCGGCUUUUAGAUAACAGAAUCAGUGGUGAGAUACCAAGAGAAAUAGGGUUUCUUAACAACCUUAAUUUCCUUGAUCUUUCUGAAAAUCAUCUUAGUGGUUCGGUGCCGUUAGAGAUUGGAAAUUGCAAAGAACUUCAAAUGCUGAAUCUAAGUAACAACUCUCUUUCUGGUGAUUUACAUAGUUUCUUGUCUUCUCUUACAAUGCUAGAGGUUUUGGAUGUUUCAAUGAAUAAUUUUUCUGGUGAGGUUCCUAUGAGUAUUGGUCAAUUAACUUCACUUCUUAGAGUUAUUUUGAGCAAGAACUCUUUCUCUGGAUCGAUUCCUUCAUCACUUGGGAAAUGCUCGGGUAUUCAACUUCUUGACCUUAGCAGCAACAUGUUAUCGGGAAGCAUACCACGGGAAUUGUUUCAAAUUGAAGCACUUGAUAUUGCUUUAAAUUUGAGUCAUAAUGCAUUAUCUGGAGUAAUCCCAGAAGAGAUUUCGGCUCUUAACAAGUUGUCUGUUCUUGACCUUUCACAUAACAAUCUUGGAGGGGACUUGAUGGUAUUUUCAGGCCUUGAAAAUCUUGUUGCUUUGAACAUUUCAUACAACAAAUUCACUGGUUAUUUACCAGAUAGCAAGUUGUUUCAUCAGCUAGCAGCAACAGAUUUAGUUGGAAAUCAAGGUUUGUGUCCUAAUGGUCAUGAUUCAUGUUUCAUUGGAAAUGCUGCAAUGACAAGGAUGUUAAAUGGAUCUAAUUCUAAGAGGUCAGAGAUAAUUAAAGUGGCCAUUGGAUUGCUCAGUUCUUUGACUGUUGUAAUGGCAAUCUUUGGAGUUGUUACGGUCUUUCGAGCGAGGAAACUCGUUCGAGACGACAAUGAUUCUGAGAUGGGAGGAGGAGGAGGCGAUUCAUGGCCUUGGCAGUUCACACCAUUCCAAAAGGUAAACUUUUGCGUGGAGCAAAUCCUAAAAUGUUUGGUGGAAUCCAAUGUAAUUGGAAAAGGGUGUUCAGGGAUCGUUUAUCGUGCAGAAAUGGAAAACGGCGAUGUCAUUGCUGUCAAAAGGCUGUGGCCAACAACAACGGCAGCCACUGCCACUGCUGCAAGAUAUAAUCAUAGUCAAAGUGACAAGUUAGCAGUUAAUGGAGGAGUUCGCGAUUCCUUUUCAGCCGAGGUAAAAACUCUCGGUUCAAUUCGCCACAAGAACAUUGUUAGGUUCUUGGGAUGCUGUUGGAACAGAAACACAAGGCUUCUUAUGUAUGAUUACAUGCCAAAUGGGAGUCUUGGAAGUUUACUUCAUGAAGGAAGCGGUAAUUGCUUGGAAUGGCAUAUUAGAUUCAAGAUAAUACUAGGAGCAGCUCAAGGCGUGGCUUAUUUACACCAUGAUUGUGCUCCUCCUAUUGUUCACAGAGAUAUUAAGGCCAACAACAUCCUCAUAGGUCUUGAAUUUGAACCAUACAUAGCUGAUUUUGGACUUGCGAAACUUGUUGAUGAUGGAGAUUUUGCACGAUCUUCAAGUACACUAGCUGGUUCUUAUGGUUACAUAGCUCCUGAAUAUGGAUACAUGAUGAAGAUAACCGAGAAAAGCGAUGUAUACAGCUAUGGUAUUGUUGUAUUAGAAGUACUAACAGGUAAACAACCAAUUGAUCCAACAAUACCAGAUGGACUUCACAUUGUUGAUUGGGUUAGACAAAAAAGAGGUGGAGUUGAAGUGCUCGAUGAAAGCUUAAGAGCAAGGCCAGAAUCUGAAAUCGAAGAAAUGUUGCAGACUUUAGGUGUUGCUUUGUUAUGUGUAACUCCAAGUCCAGAUGAUAGACCGACAAUGAAAGAUGUGGUCGCAAUGAUGAAAGAGAUUAAACAGGAGAGAGAUGAAUGUGUGAAAGUUUUCGAUGGAUCUUCUACAAAUGAUCAACAUGAAAGUAAUCGUUCUAACGAAGAACAAGUCGAAGGGAUGAAACAUUCAUGUCCAACAUCAAGCAGCAGCAACACAAAUAUGAAAUUGCAUUACUCUUCUAAUAGUUCUACAACACUAAAGUAACUUUGAAAUAGUUAAUAACAGCAAUGUGACUAGGGAACUAGAAUUUCUUAGCAUGAGUGAUUUGGUUUCUAUUUGAUUUUAAGUGCUUCAGCUUCAUAAUUAUGGUUUGAUUGUGUAUAAGGAUAUUUUAGUUUUAAUAAUUGUGAGAUUUGAAGUAA